ACAGCGCGAAUCUAGCCCGUGUUGUCUGGGAAGUAAAUCCCUCUGGUUCGAUUACAGCUUACUCUUGGGCAUUUUGUUCCUGUUUAAGCCCUAGCCCUUGGAGGUAGACCGGUUGUUACUUUGAAAGACUGCUUUCAUCUGUAGUUAGUGAGUGAGGAACAAACCAUGCCUGUCCUUUCUGAAGAUUCAGGUUUGCAUGAGACCCUUGCCCUCCUGACAUCACAGUUAAGACCAGACUCAAAUCACAAGGAGGAAAUGGUGUUCCUUAGAGACAUCUUUAGUGAGAGAAGUCUCAGCUAUUUAAUGAAGAUUCAUGAAAAGCUCUGUCAUUAUGAACGGCAGAGUCCAGUUCCAGUUCUGCACAGUGCCUCGGCUCUAGCUGAAGAUGUGAUAGAAGAAUUGCAGACAGCACCUAUGAAUAAUGAUGAAAAGGAACUUCUCCAGCUUCUGUCAACUCCUCAUCUCAGGGCGAUGCUUGUUGUACAUGACACCGUUGCCCAGAAGAAUUUUGACCCUGUCCUGCCUCCUUUGCCUGAGAAUAUCGAUGAUGACUUUGAGGAAGAAUCAGUGAAAAUAGUUCGUCUGGUGAAAAAUAAAGAACCACUGGGUGCAACAAUCAGGCGGGAUGAGCACACAGGGGCUGUGAUUGUGGCCCGGAUCAUGAGGGGAGGAGCAGCUGACCGCAGUGGACUUGUCCAUGUUGGAGAUGAACUGCGAGAAGUCAAUGGCAUUGCUGUGCUUCACAAACGUCCAGAAGAAAUUAGCCAAAUUUUGGCUCAGUCCCAAGGAUCGAUAACGCUGAAAAUAAUUCCAGCCACCAAAGAAGAAGAUCGCCUGAAGGAGAGCAAGGUAUAUAUGAGAGCUCUCUUCUCCUACAAUCCGAAAGAAGAUAAAGCCAUCCCUUGCCAAGAGGCUGGGCUGCCAUUUCAGAAGAGGCAAAUCUUAGAGGUAGUAAGCCAGGAUGACCCAACAUGGUGGCAGGCCAAACGCAUGGGAGACACAAACCUUCGGGCGGGUCUGAUCCCUUCCAAGCAAUUUCAGGAAAGGCGUUUGAUGUACAGAAGAACUGUCGGUGCACUACAUAACACCAGAAGUGUCACAAAGCCACUCUAUGAUCAGUCUUCUGAGAAAGAGGACUGUGAUUGUGAGGGAUACUUCAACGGACAGUAUAUAGCUGGCUUGAGGCGGAGUUUCCGGCUCAGCCGGAAGGAAAAACAGAAUGGCCAGAAUGAAGUAAAGCAAGUUGAGCAAACCCAGCCCUUAGAACUCCUCACAUAUGAGGAAGUCACCAAAUACGAGCAGCCGCCAGGAGACAGAAAAAGGCUGGUGGUUUUAAUUGGUUCCUUGGGGUCCCGGCUAAAUGAACUCAAGCAGAAGGUGGUAGCUGAAAACCCACAGGAGUACGGAGUUGCUGUGCCACAUACCACAAGAUCCAGGAAGAGUCAUGAGAAGGAGGGUGUGGAGUACAACUUUGUUUCGAAGCAGUCAUUUGAAAGCGAUAUACAGCAUAACAAGUUUGUAGAACAUGGAGAGUAUAAAGAGAAUCUCUACGGGACAAGCUUGGAGGCAAUACAGUCUGUCAUGGCCAAAAAUAAAAUUUGCCUCGUUGAUGUCGUGCCUGAGGCUGUGAAGCACUUGAGGACGGCAGAGUUCAAGCCCUAUGUUGUGUUUGUGAAGCCUCUUGUCACAGAGAAGAAGAAGAACGUCCUGACAUCUCUUUCUCCAGAUGACAUCUUUGUCCCUCUUGAUGAGGAGCAGCAAGAAAUGGUAAACUCAGCUGCUUUCAUUGAGGAACAGUAUGGCCACCUAAUUGACAGUGUCCUGGUAAAGGAAGAUCUCCCCAGUGCAUGCAACCAGUUGAAAGCCAUAUUGGAGAAACUAAGUACAGACUCAUUUUGGGUGCCAAUCUCUUGGGUCAGGGUGUAGUCAACUAUGCUGUGCCAAACAAAAGAAGAAGAUUUGCCUGUUUGUUGGUAUGCUGUAAAUAGGAAGGAUGAUCAAAAGGGAAAGAAAUGCCCAGUGGAACAGCCAGCUUCACUUGGAUGAGCAGCAAAGGGAAUCCACCUGGGAACUUGUUCUGAUGAACCCUUUUACCUUCACAGGAAUGAAAAGUCUUCGAAGGUAAUGAAAAAAAUCACUGCAAGAUACAGUGGUGUGAGCCAUUGGAGAGUGGUCUGAUCUCACAUUCCAGGUAUCUGGGUGGAAGCCUUUUUCUUUUCUUUUCUCUAUAAAGACUUGCAAUCUGGGCUUAAAAUGUGGCAGCCUAGAUAAAGGGUGUAUCCAGAUGGAAAGCUUUUAGCACUACAAAUUACAAGGCACCAGGCAUUUAUUCUGUCUUUUUCUCCUUAAUAGACAUUUGUUUCUGAAAAGCUGGAUGGAGCAGUGUGGGAACAGUGGGAGGGGCAAAACUGGAAAACAAUGCCCUCAGCUCCUUGCCUUCCACAUCCCAUAAAGUCCUGUGUUUGAGGCAGGAUGAAAGCUUCAUCUAGAAUCACCCAAAGACUAGAUACUGAGGGAAAUGGUACGAAUUUUGUAUUACAAGAAAGAGAAGCUUCAUCUAAGAUGACAGCAAUUGAAAAUAGAUGAACAAUCAAUUCCAUUGAAGAGUUAUAUUUUCAAGUAACAAAAUCGGAAACUCUCUUUUAAAACCCGGUUGGGCAGAUAGAAUUGAGAGAGGUCUUAUCCAGAUGGCGAUCACUCAUACUUUUGCCAAAGGGAAGCUUUGCAGGGGAGAGCAGCGAAGUGUUUAAAUUUCUGCCUCAAAAUUAAUCACAGUGUAGUCGGAACUAAUAUACUCAGAGUCAUCAAAGUGGGAUGUCCUCUAUUGUAUCUGCUAGUUGCCCAAAAAUGGCUUUUCCCAAACUGCCGCUCUCUGGAUGUGUUUGGCUACACCUCACAUCAUUCCUGGGCAGGGGGAUGAUGGGGACCCUAGCACGUGCUGUAUGGGAAGGUGCUAGGUUGGGGAAUGCUAUCCAAAAUGGCAUGCUAAAUCAGGUGCUUACACUACUAGACAUUUUCCCUUGUCCUAACCAGAAUACCAGAAAUUCCAAAAGAGCAAAUUG